AUGGCUAACGCAAAAGCAUCAAAGCCAAAUUUACCAGAGUCAAAUAUAGCUAUAGGUAUUGAUUUGGGUACCACAUAUUCUUGUGUUGGUGUGUGGAGAAAUGAAAAUGUCGAUAUAAUUGCAAACGAUCAAGGUAAUAGAACAACCCCAUCUUAUGUAGCUUUUACAGAUACAGAAAGAUUAAUUGGUGAUGCAGCUAAAAAUCAAGUUGCACGAAAUCCAGAGAAUACAGUUUUUGAUGCUAAGAGAUUAAUUGGAAGAAAAUUCACAGAAUCUUCUGUACAAAGUGAUAUGAAACACUGGCCAUUUACUGUAAAGUCAGGUAUUGAAGAAAAACCAAUGAUUGAAGUUGUUUAUCAAGGAGAAAAGAAAUUAUUCCAUCCUGAAGAAAUAUCUUCUAUGGUUUUACAAAAAAUGAAAGAAAAUGCAGAAGCCUUUUUAGGAAAAUCUAUAAAAAAUGCUGUUAUUACAGUACCUGCUUAUUUUAAUGAUUCUCAAAGACAAGCAACAAAAGAUGCUGGUACUAUUGCAGGAUUAAAUGUAAUGAGAAUUAUUAAUGAACCAACUGCAGCAGCUAUUGCAUAUGGUUUACAUAAAAAAGGAAAAGGUGAAAAAAAUAUAUUAAUUUUCGAUUUAGGAGGUGGUACAUUUGAUGUUUCAUUACUUACUAUUGAAGAUGGGAUAUUUGAAGUUAAGGCAACUGCAGGAGAUACACAUUUAGGUGGUGAAGAUUUUGAUAAUCGUUUAGUUAAUUUUUGUGUUGAGGAUUUUAAAAGAAAAAAUAGAGGAAAAGAUUUAUCAAAAAAUAGUAGAGCAUUAAGAAGAUUAAGAACCCAAUGUGAAAGAGCAAAACGUACAUUAUCAUCUUCUACACAAGCUACAAUUGAAAUAGAUUCUCUUUUUGAAGGUAUUGAUUAUAGUGUUACUGUAAGUAGAGCUAGAUUUGAAGAAUUAUGUAUAGAUUAUUUUAGAGAUACUUUAAUACCUGUUGAAAAAGUUUUAAAAGAUGCUAUGAUGGAUAAAAAAAGUGUUCAUGAAGUUGUAUUAGUUGGUGGAUCAACUAGAAUUCCAAAAAUUCAAACAUUAAUAAAAGAAUUUUUUAAUGGAAAAGAAGCAUGUAGAUCAAUAAACCCUGAUGAAGCUGUUGCAUAUGGUGCUGCUGUUCAAGCUGCUAUAUUAUCAGGAGAUCAAUCAAAUGCUGUACAAGAUUUAUUAUUAUUAGAUGUAUGUUCAUUAUCUUUAGGAUUAGAAACUGCAGGAGGUGUUAUGACAAAAUUAAUUGAAAGAAAUACAACAAUUCCAGCUAAAAAAAGUCAAAUAUUUACAACAUAUGCUGAUAACCAACCAGGAGUCUUAAUACAAGUAUAUGAAGGAGAAAGAGCUUUAACAAAAGAUAAUAAUUUAUUAGGUAAAUUUCAUUUAGAUGGUAUCCCACCUGCUCCUAGAAAAGUACCACAAAUUGAAGUUACAUUCGAUAUUGAUGCUAAUGGUAUUUUAAAUGUUACAGCUGUUGAAAAAAGUACUGGUAAACAAAACCAUAUUACAAUUACAAAUGAUAAAGGUAGAUUAUCUCCUGAAGAAAUUGAUAGAAUGGUUAAUGAUGCUGAAAAAUAUAAAGCAGAAGAUGAAGAAAAUAAAAAAAGAAUUGAAGCCAGAAAUAGUCUUGAAAAUUAUUGCUAUGGUGUUAAAAGUUCAUUAGAAGAUCAAAAAAUUAAAGAAAAAUUACAACCUAAUGAAGUUGAAACAUGUAUGAAAUCUGUUACUUCUAUUCUUGAAUGGUUAGAAAAAAAUCAAUUAGCUGGAAAGGAUGAAUAUGAAGCUAAACAAAAAGAAGCUGAAGCUGUAUGCUCUCCAAUUAUGUCUAAAAUAUAUCAAGAUGCUGGUGCAGCUGCUGGUGGUAUGCCAGGUGGAAUGCCAGGUGGAAUGCCAGGAGGAAUGCCAGGAGGAAUGCCAGGAGGAAUGAACUUCCCAGGUGGAAUGCCAGGAGGAAUGGGAGCACCCGCUGGAGCCCCAGCUGGAAGUGGACCAACUGUUGAAGAAGUUGAUUAA